UCAGUGGAUGGGUACUUAGGACUAAAUUCAGUAAUCGCACGAUAAACGGGCAAUUUUCGUUAAUUGACGAGUGUGCGAGGCGGAAUUGGACGUCGUGGGCAUUCCUAGUUUUGACCAGAGGCCAUUUGUGUCCAUCCAUUUACCAGCAUCGCCGUUAUCUACGAUCUCUAAGCCAUGGUAACGGACAAAAACGCACUUGGUCAGAUUAUGCAAUGCAAUCGCCUCUGAGCAAUCACCGCAGCCCAGUCUAGUUGUUGUUAUUGUUAUUUUCUUCUCUCUUCUCUUCGCUUUCCAUCAUCAUUUUUUUUUUUGGGAGAAGAUGUUUUCGAAAUGGAAUAUGUUUUCGAGCACCAAAAAUCCAGUAAUCGUGAUGUCUGUGGACCAGGAGGAGGUAGUUUCGCAGCAGCCGGCGACACAACCGAACAGCCGGAAAGUGAGCAUAGUGACUCACGAUGGAAGUACGCUACAUGGACACGACAACUUGGGAUUCGAAUCUCCAAGGAGUCGGAAAGUUUCCUCGGCUUCCGAACACGCGGAAAUGGGUCCGGUUCGGAAGAAGAGCAUUCUGCACAAUGCACACGCCUUCGAGAGCCAGGGCAACAAUUUAAACAGUAUAUAUCAUAACCACGAAGAUUGUGCGAAAUACGCAAAUGGUGAUGCCAGGAUCAAGAAGCAUUCCGUUCAUUCCGUAACGGAUUCCAUGCAUUCCAGGACGCGGUUUUCCGAUGUCGCCGAAGACGAGGACCAGCGUAUCCCGUGUUGUGGUCUGAUGGCUUCGUGGUGGUACACAUUCUGCAUAAAGUGUCGUUCCAACGAGCCGCCUCAUCCCUCAUGGCAGCCACCGAUGUGGAACAAGCUGUGUCCAUAUCCAUUCUGCCCGACGUAUCGACAAUUCUCCCGCAUUAUUGCUUUGUGUCUGAUCGGAAUCCUGAGCUGGGGCAUCGUCUACACAGUGCUUGGAGAGACGGCUGCACCCGGAGGGCAACUCUUCCAGUUAAUUUUGUUGACGAUAUGCGCUCAUUUGGGUGGUUGGCUUAUGAGUUUAACCACGCUCCCAGCCCUAAUUGGAAUGUUAUUCGUUGGUCUCUUGUUUCAAAACGUCGGGCUCGUGGAUUUCGACAAGAAUUUCAAUGAAGUUACGAAAGAGUUAAGAAAAAUAGCUUUAGUAAUUAUAUUGAUCCGAGCCGGAUUAGAUCUGGAUCCACAUGCUCUGAAACGUUUAAAAUUCACUGUGAUCAAAUUGGGAUUGGUGCCCUGGCUUGUAGAAGCUGGGAUUAUAGCAAUUACGACGCACUUCUUUUUGGAUCUACCUUGGAUCUGGGGAUGUCUUUUAGGUGUGAUAAUUGCAGCCGUUUCACCGGCAGUCGUUGUGCCUUGCCUCUUCCGCCUUAGAUCCAAAGGCUACGGAGUGGCUAAAGGCAUUCCGACUUUGAUUAUAGCCGUCGCUGGCAUCGAUGACGCCACUUCCGUCGCGAUAUUCGGCAUCAUGCAGAGCAUAAUGUUCUCGAAUGACUCAUUAACAAUGCAGAUUCUGCAAGGGCCGAUCUCGAUCGUUGGCGGAAUCGGAUUCGGUAUAAUCUGGGGUCUGAUUUCUUGUUACGCUCCCGAAAAGCACGACCCUUUUGUAGUGCCCUUGAGAAUAUUGAUGCUACUUGUGGGUGGCCUAAUUGCCGUUUUUGGAAGCGAAAGAAUCGGCUACGGAGGAGCCGGACCUUUGGGUUGCGUGGCUGCAGCAUUUGUUUCAUUGGUAUGUUGGUCGAAGCAGGGAUGGGAAAUUGAAGAGAAUCCUGCGGUGACGGCUUUCGAAAUUUUCUGGAUGAUCUUCGAGCCCAUCCUCUUCGGCAUCACCGGAGCCCAAAUCAAGAUCAGCGAACUUGACCCGAACAUCGUCAGUAUUGGAAUUGGAUGUCUCAUUGCCGGCGUCGUCAUCAGAAUUUUGGCUACAAUCCUCGUUGGAAUCGGAUGUAAAUUGAACCUGAAAGAGAAGAUAUUCGUCGCUCUCAGUUGGAUGGCCAAAGCCACUGUACAAGCUGCACUGGGUCCUGUCGCUUUGAUCUUAGUAACAGAGAGUGGCAAUGAGAAGGAUAAGAUAUAUGCAGAUACGGUGCUGAUGAUAUGCGUCCUUUCCAUAAUGUUAACUGCGCCAACCGGUGCCAUCCUAAUUACGUUAUCAGGUCCUAGGUUGUUGACGAAAACGAAGUUCCCUGUUGUUCCUGAGGAAUGGAGACGUAGCCAUAGACCUUCAAUUAGGGAUAUUAGUAUAAUAGAUGAGGAGGAGGAGAAGGAUGAAACUCUGGACAGUGUGCAUAGUGAGAAUGUGAUCAAAGAACCAAAUAAAGGGGAACCGUGAGGAGCAUCAUACAACGAAUCACCUCCAUCAAGAGGGUGUAGGAAACGCUCAACAUCGGAAUAUCUAUAUCUAUAUAUAUAAAUAUAUAAAUAUUAUGUACAUAUGAUUUUAUUGUUAUUUAUCUGUAAUAUAUUUAUUUUUUAACAUGAUGCGCAGGAAAUUAGAGUUUAGCAAAUUUCAAUAAAUUUUUAUUAUUAGUCUUAACAAUAUA